CAGAGCAGCCAGACCGCAGUUGGUGCUGCGCCCGGGCGCUCAAGCGAGGCGGCGAGGGCGCACUGGUGAGUUGGCCACGGAGGCAGCCCCGGCUCCCCUAACCAGCCGCUGGAGAUGACGGAGACGCUGCUGCCCACCGGCUGUCCGGCCGCGGACCAGAGAGGCGCCUGCUAUUUUCGCAAGGGAUGCAAUCCCUUUGCGGAAACCGGGCGGAGCAAAUUGCAAAAUCGGAGAGCUGUCCUGAACCAGCAGAUUCUGAAAGCGGUGAGGAUGAGAGCUGGCGCAGAAAACCUUCUCCGUGCAACGACCAGCCCCAAAGUGCGAGAACAGGUGUUGCUGGAACUCAGCUACGUCAAUUCCAACCUGCAGAUCCUCAAGGAAGAGUUAGAAGGACUCAAUAUCUCCGUGGAGGUGUACCAGAACACGGAGGAAACUUUUAGCAUCCCUCUGAUACCGCUUGGCCUGAAAGAGACUAAAGACGUGGACUUCGCAGGACCCCUCAAGGACUUUAUUCUGGAACAUUACAGUGAAGAUGGUGCAGAAUAUGAAAAUGAAAUUGCAGAUCUUAUGGAUUUAAGACAAGCCUGCCGGACACCCAGCAGAGAUGAAUCUGGAGUUGAGAUGCUGAUGAGCUAUUACGUACAGCUUGGCUUUGUAGAGAAUCGGUUCUUCUCACCCAGUAGAAAUCUGGGCAUUUUAUAUACUUGGUAUGACUCGUUCACGGGCGUCCCCGUUUGCCAGAAGAAUGUGUUGCUGGAAAAAGCCAGCAUUUUAUUUAACAUCGGAGCCCUCUACACACAGAUCGGUACAAAAUGCAAUCGGCAAACAGGAGCCGGGCUUCGAAUGGCCAUCAGUGCUUUUCAGAAGGCAGCAGGAGUUCUAAACUAUCUAAAAGAAACGUUUACUCACACUCCAAGUUACGACAUGAGCCCUGCCAUGUUGAGCGUGCUGGUCAAGAUGAUGCUCGCUCAAGCUCAGGAGUGCAUCUUUGAACAGAUCUGCCUUCCUGGGAUACGGAAUGAAUUUUUCACGCUGAUAAAAAUAGCCCAGGAAGUUGCGAAGGUUGGAGAGAUGUACAUGCUCCUGGACACCGCGAUGAGUCAAGCACCAGUCAAGGAGAAUAUCCCUUACUCUUGGUCAAAACUGGCCCAAGUCAAAUCGGAUCAUUUCAGAGCUUUGGCGCAUUAUUUUGUUGCCACUAUGCUGAGCGACCACCACUUACAUCAGACCGAUGAUGAAGAUCAACAGGAAAAGGCUUUUUGCCAGCUGUAUGACCACAUGCCUGAGGGGAUGACACCCUUAGCUGUCUUAAGAGAUGGAAGCCAGCGUAAACAGCUAGGAAGACUUCAUUUGCACAAAGCCCUCUUUUAUCACAAAGAAGCCUUAAGGGUUUGUAGCUUAUGCACAAAGCUCCGGAAUAUAGAGAUCCUUCAAGAGAUUUUAUCCGUCGCGCACAAGCGGUCGCUUCUCAAAUAUACCCAGCAGGAGCAACAAGACGACUACUUUAGUUUGGUGCCCGCACCCAAUAUCCUUUCCCACACAAAUCACAAAAUAGAACUGAUUCCUCCUCUGUUCUCUAAUGUGAAAGUCAGAGACUUCUUCGAAAGGCUGGGCCCACCUUCAGUCUUUUCAGCCAAGCAGAGAUGGUCGCCCCCUCGCUUCAUCCGUUUCUACUGUGAAGAUGGCCUGUUGGGUUUCACUCUCAAAGGAGGCCCACCGGUACAGAUUGACUGCAUCGACCCAGCUUCUCCUGCAGCAUUGGCAGGUUUGAAAGAAGGAGACACUGUGAUUGCUGUUGAAGGCACGGAUUGCAAAUGGUUAGGGACGAGCGAAGUCUUGGAAAAACUCCAGAAUUUGAAUGAGCAAAAGAUUGAGAUCCAAGUGAUCAGCUGUCAAGAAUAUGCACCUUCCUUGCAUAACAAAUGUGCCACUUACUCAGCGGGGAUGCAGAAAACUUACUCCCUUAUAUGUCUGGCUAUGGAAGACGAGAGAACCGACAAAACCAAGAAGGUGACGCCUAAAUUAUCCUUCCUGAGUUGGGGAACGAAAAACAGGCAGAAAGCUGCCAGCACCCUCUGCCUCCCUUCGGCUGUAAGUGGGACCUCUGCCAUUAAGAAGAAACUGACAACUCCGUUCACACUCUUCAAUAAUGAUAGUUCAUUGUACUAAGACUUGGAGACCGAGGGAGCUCUCGCCCAGAAAGGGCUUCAGAAUGGAUGUUGUGAAUUCACAAUGUAGCCUUUAGGAAUCCAAGGGUUGAGUAGCCCCGACUUGAAGCCAACAACUACCGGUUCAAAUCUGGCUUCGAUUGUUCAUCUUGCAAGGACUGGGAAGUUUUGAAGAACGUGUCAUGUGCCUACAUGUUUGUGGAGUUUCUUUCAAACUUCUGCCCGGGAUUCUGGCUUAGUUAUUACGAUCUUAUCUUGAGAAACAACGGAGUGGUUCUGCAAAGACUGUGGAUUUUUUGUUUUGUUUUGUUUUUUUUAAAAAAUGUGAAUGUGUAGCAAAGUAAUGCCACAUGGUUGACCAUCUCACCUACGUUGAGGGGAGAAGCAAAUAGAACUGUUGGCCACAGUGAUGCAUGACCAAGGAGAUACACUUGCAAAUUAUUGUAUAUUUCGGACUAUAAGAUGCACUUUUUUGUCUCCCAAAAAGGGGCGGAAAUGUCCGUGCAUCUUAGAGACUGAAUAUUGCCAAAGCCCCGCCCACCCGCCAACCAUUUUUUGGUCUCCGCAUGCCCUGUUUUCGGGCCCUUUUUUUGGCCCAUUUUCUAGGCUUUUUUUUUUUUUUUUGCCUGUUUUUGAGGCUUUUUUGGCCCCUUUUUUGGGGAAAAAACGGGCCGAAAAAAAAAAACUCAAAAAAGCUUCAAAAAUGGGCCGAAAAAGCCUCAAAAACGGCCCCAAAAAUGGGCUGAAAAAAGCCUUGAAAAUGGGCUGAAAAAAGCUUUGAAAACAGUCCCACAAAAGCCUUGAAAAUGGCCACAAAAAGCCUUGAAAACGGGCCAAAAAAGUCUCUAAAACGGGCCGCAAAAAGCCUCAAAAACGGGCUGCAAAAAGCCUUGAAAACGGGCUGCAAAAAGACUGGAAAAGGGCUGAAAAAAGGUAGGCCAAACACUUUUUUGUUGUCGUUUUCCUUUUCUAAAUUUAGGUGUGUCUUAUUGUCAAGUGCGUCUUAUAGUCUGAAAAAUACAGUAAUUUAAAACCCAAUGAAUGAGAAACAAUUUAUAGGCCAGUUAGUAAUGUUCUGUGAGUUGACAACCUACAUAGCUGGUCAGGACCAAAUUCUUAAAUAAAUUAUUGAAACGGCCAGGCGAUGGAAAGGAAACAGGGUAAAUGAAUAAAUCUAACAGGGUACGGUAGUGGCAAGGCUACAUGUUAAGGUUUUAAAAUCCGAUUUUCUAUUCUGCUUUGAGGUGGUUUAAACCAGGGGUCUCCAAACAUGGCAAUUUUAAGACCUGUGGACUGCAGCUCCCAGAAUUCUUGAGAGUUGACGGUCACAGGUCUUAAAGUUGCCAUGUUUGGAGACCCCUGGUUUAAAUAAACAGAACAUUUUCAAGAAGAUAAAUAACAUCACUCAGGGCCCAGGACUGGGAAUAGGGUGGAUGGCAGCAACAGUGAGAGAAAAAUACUGACAUUUGUUCUAUAACCAGACCCAGAUUUUCACAAAAAGAAUUUCAAACGAUGGCAUUUUGGGCUAUCAUUGAAGCCUUCCAUGGACACAGGGUUAUCUGGGGAACCGGAUUUUGCAUUUUCUGGCAUUCCAAACGGAACAUGGAAAUGGAAUAGGAUGGCAGUUUCCACAAUUUCCCACACUCAAUGACAGUAUCUCGUCAACGACCAAAAGAAGCCAUCCAUUGACACGGCACCCGAUAUGUGGUGGAAAGAAAUCUCCCAAGGACAAACUUGGAACUAACCCUGGUGACUUUAAGUAACACAGAAUGGAUCCGUUGAAAAACAGCUUCUGUUUUGCAAGACCUGAUGUAACUGGGUAUCGUUUUCUACACCUGCCGAGCAUUAUAGCAAAAGAUGGAGAUUCCCUAAUGCUGUAUGUGUAGAGAAAUAUGCUAAUAUAAACAAGAGUGUGGAAAGAGAUCCGCCAGCUUGGUUCCAGACCAAAUACUUAGCGCCUGCCAGGUUUCACUUCAAAUCAGUAUUUCUUAAUCUCAGCAACUAAAUGAUGUGUGGAUUUCAACUCCCAAAAUUCCCCAGCCUGCAUGCAGGUACAUAGCUAUUUUUGUAAUAUUAAUUUUUCUGCCAACCUAGCAGUUCGAAAGCAGGUAAAAAAUGCAAGUAGAAAAAUAGGGACCACCUUUGGUGGGAAGGUAACAGCGUUCCUUCUGUGUGCCUUUGGUGUUGAGUCAUGCCGGCUGCAUGACCACAGAGACGUCUUUGGACAGCGCUGGCUUUUCGGCUUUGAAACGGAGAUGAGCACCGCCCCCUAGAAUCGGGAACGACUAGCACAUAUGUGCGAGGGGAUCCUUUACCUUUAUUUUAAUGCUAUUUUUAAGAAGGAUAUUAACUGAGGUUUUUCUUGAGUGCCACUGGAAAGAUGCAUUCUAAAGGGUUGAUAAAGGUAAUUUAACUAUGCCUUAAGUGAAAUUUAGGAGUUCAGCACACUAAAGAACAUGCCCAACUGGGAAAGUACUUGCUGCUUGGAGUUUUAUUGUUGUUGUCUAAAGGUGUGGGCUAAUACACAAUAGUUAUCUGCUAAGCUGAAAUAUUGCUAACAGGGUAGAUCUUAACAAUGAUUGGCUAAAAAUUUAAAGAAGGGAAAUCUAAACUUCCUAUUGAAACUCAUUGAAUCCAUUACUGGAAGCGGAGAAAUUUUUAGAAGAAAUUGGAAUAGAACAGUUUUUCCAACUUUGAAGAUAUGUGGACUUCAAACUCCCAGAAUUGCUGGCUGGGAAAUUCUGGGAGUUGAAGUCCACAUAUCUUCAUUACUAAGGUUGAGAUACGCUGGAAUAGAAUAAGGAAAAAUGGGGAAGGCUGGUAGAUCAAUGCCAUUUUAUUAUUAUUCUGGUCUUUUAAUGUUCCUACAUUCCCAGGAGAUGUAAAUAUAUAAAUUUUAAAUGAUUAUUUAAGAAUGAGUCCUGACUUAUAUGUGACGAUGAACAACUUUUCACUGCAACGAUGAAUGAGAUAAAAGUUUUAAUUUUUCUUAACUGUUGUUGUUCAGAAUGAAGGUCUGUUUUUUUAAAAAAGGAAGAAUGUAAUAUUAUAGUGGCUGCUUAUUCUUAUUGUGCAAUAUUCAAUCAAUGUUGUGGAAUUAACCCUAGUGCAUAAUAAAAUGUAGGUUGGAA